UCUAACGGAAAACAUGUAGAAAUUUCUGAAUAAAUUCCAAAUUUAUAAUUUUCUAGUGAAAUUCUAGCAGAAAUUUAUGGAUCAAUCCCUAGUGAGCAUGGUACAGUUUCAUAGAAGAUUUUCUUUCAAAAAUCCCUUGAAGAAUUUCUGAAAGAAUUCAUUCUCAGAGGGACUUCUGAAGGUAUCCCUAUAGUGAUUUCUAAUGGAAUAUCUGCAGGAUUUUUCAUCGGAAUCCAUGGAGGAAUUACUAAUCAAAUCUACUGAAGCGUUACUUAGUAAUCCUUUUAGACAUUUUUUGCAGGAAUCCAUUGAAGGAAAUUAUUAAAUAUCCAUGUAAAAAUGUCGAGAGGAAUCCUUUGACUCAUUUCUGAAUAAUUUCCUAGUUAACUUCCUAAAAACCUCCUUGAAAGGGAUUCUUCGAGAAUUUUUAGUAAGAAUCUCCAGAAAAAAUUGUUAUUUUUUUUUUUUUUUAAUAAUCUUUGGAGGAGAUUUUGAGAAAAUUUCUGGAGAAAUUCUUUGAAAUUUUUUCAAAGAAAUCCCUUGAGGAAUUUCUGAAAUAUUUUUUUUAAGAUUUUCUUAAAGAAACCCAGCAAAAUCCGAAGAAAAACCUAGUGAAAUUUAUGAAGAAAUUCCCGAAAUAUUUCAUUUGUUUUAAGGGCAUGAACAUAAAUAAAAUCACUGGUUGUUUUGUGGGUGAAUAGGACUUGAAUGAUUAUUGUUAGAUUUACAGGAGUUUAAGCCAAAAGAUACAUUUAUUGGUAAUAACAAUAAGACGAUCAGAAAAAGCAUCGUCUAAAUAUUUAUUAUUCAAGAUACUUGUUGUAAACACUCUUAAAUAUGUCAAUAAAUAAGUUUCCAGUAAUUUUCAGAGAAAAACUUUCACUAGAAUUUCGAAACUUAUUGAUUUUGCUUUACUCGUUCAAAAACAACUAAAAUAGCUUCCCAAAAUAAAAAAACAAGCUAAAUUCCCAGGUAACAUCAUGAGAAAUAAUCUAGAGACCGAAUUUUUGAGAAUAACGUAAUGUAAAAAACACUCGAUCAAUCUUAGAAAUUUUGAAGCCUUGGUAACAUACAAGAAAACAAUAGCAUCAUACUGUUCCUUCUAGCCUUAGACCUUUUCGGCGCCCCUUAGAGGCUGGCGCCCUUGGCGGGGGCCAACCUGGCCAACCCCACGCUACGGCUCUGUGUAUAUGCUUGUUUCGUGCAUUGCAUACGAUUUCUUUGGUGCUAUAUAUGUGUGACUAUUUCAGUUGCAAUUUCGAUAUAACAACCAAAUUGUUGGCUGGGCGGUUAGCCACCACUGACUGCCAGCACCACGCUAAUACUGAGUACAAACAGCGAGAUUUUUUCAACGUGUUGUACAAAGUACAACAGCGCGAUCGCUCGAGGGUUUAUAGCAAUUUACAUUGUUUUUAAAUCAUUUAAAACUUGAUGUUGUGGUUAUUUUUCAGAUCUCAUUGCUUCACCGCUACAAUUAGCAUAUUUUAAAAUUUUGCCCAUUCAUUAUAUUAUUGUAAUAGAGUUUAGGGGAAUCAAAUACACUCUAAAAUAGCUUUCCUUAAAAUUACACGGAAAGUAUUUGUUUAUGCAAAAAAAAUAGUUAAAAUAACAAUAUUUUAACAUUAAUCAUAAAAUGUCAAUAUGUUAUUAUCUCGAAAAAAAAAAUGUAUCCUUAAUAGAUUUCCAGGAUAAAUAUAAAAGCAUAGGGAUGUUAAAAGUGAUACUCAAAAAGUGUUUAAAACGUGUUUAAAUCGAUUUUAGAUUACGAAAAAUGAUAUUUAGAUGAACAGAAUUUGGUCGUUUGGUUUGGGCCGUUGGGUAUUCGUAUUAGAGGAUUACUGCUCAAUAUUGCAUCGCAUUCGUUCAUACUUGCAGUGGAAGGUCAUUGACCUCAACAACCUUGGGCAAACGGCACGAAGCUAGCAGGAUUGGCGUGUUUGAAUAAAUGUGCCAAAAUGCACUCGGAAUCGAUGGGCUCAUUUAUUAUUGUUUUUUUUUUCUGCAUUCAUAUAUUUCAAUGAGUGUCAUUGCAUGGUUGGUUUUAUCGCAACCGGUUUCCGGAUAAACGAUAUCUUGUUUUUCGGUCUCUCGGCAUCUUCCAAAGAACGGUAUAAAAAUAAAUUCAAAGAGAAAUUCCUUCCAUUCUUGAUUACGUCUAACGUGAUUGCUCUGUAUAAUGAGUAAGCUGUUAAUAAUAUUUAGUACAAUAGUUGUACUGUGCCACGGCUCUAGGGAAUCCGAAGAAUCACAUGCAUGGUCUCACGAAUCUCACGAAUCUGAAAAAGAUGACGACAAGAGAUAUACUUUAUAUUGCCCUAACAAUAAGCCAAACUUUUUCUCCGCAUUUCGAUUGUGCAUGGACAGCUAUCAGGUUUUGGCUACCGAUGAAUCUCGCGAAGAUUCGAAAAAGCUAGCGAAAUUGCUCGCUGACAAAAACGUCCGACAACCGGUGUGGUUGAGUGGAACAGACCUUGGCCAACCGGGAUCGUGGAUAUGGCUAUCCAUCAUGCUUCCCGUCGGUGGGGUCUCCAAUUAUGUGCGCUGGGAUGAUAAUGUGCACAAUCCUUCCGGCUGCAUGACCGCAGAGCUGGACGACAAUCACAUUAAAUGGUCUCCAAAACCAUGCAGCCAAACUGCUUGUUAUGUUUGUCAGAGUUUUGGUUGAAAUUUUAUUCGAUUAGAAUUUUAUUUUGAUUAUUAUUUGUGUUUUAAAUUUUACAUUGUACAAGUAUUUGUAUAACGUCUGCAAAAAUAUAAGUAAUUUUAAUCUUUAUUAUGAAUCAAUCAAUUAAUCAAACAAUGACUGUAUUUUACAAAACAUGGAAAUG